AUGGGGAAGCCAGCUUUUUUGUGCCUGCUACCCUUCCCCGGCAGCCCUGCCCUUCUGGUCCUCCUGGGCACCCUGGUGGCCGGCACCCCAGAGGGUGACGACAGCAACAAGGACAAUGGCCUGCACCCUGCCUUCUGUCUGCAGCCUCCAUACACCGGGCCCUGCAGGGCCAUGUUCACCAGGUACUUCUUCAACGCCGUGUCCGGGCUCUGCCAGACCUUUACUUACGGCGGAUGCAGAAGGAAGCCGAACAACUUCCGGAGUGAGAAGGACUGUAUCAGCGCCUGUGGGGGCCACAACAGGGCACAGCGUAAGACGGGGCCGGGCAGAGUGGGACGGAAAGGGCUGGGGAGGCGGGCGGAGCUCAGGGGCCACACACCGUUCACCCCUGCCCGGUGCCUUUCCUCCUCGCUGCUGGCCAGCAGAAGUGGCCGCAGUGUCCUGUGA